CUUCAUUCCACCAGUCCUCCCAAAAUCAUUUUCGUAAGUAAAAGUCAUGUCAUAGUAAGUAGCACUGUGUGUUACCCUGCAAGACGAUCCACAUCUGGGACAAGAAGAGGCCAUGCCAAAGUACAGUACAAUAUGACUCGCCGUUAUCUUGCCUCGUUCAGAAUUUCCCCGCAGUGGAACCGCAGUUAUCGCGACAUUGAAAGAUUUCUCUGGCUAGUUGUGCGGUGACUGUUUGCUACGCCUACUGCAUAUGAGUGCAUCGUUCUCUCGAUGCCAAGGUAGCCAUCGCCAGCUUCGUGAACUGUGCCGACAUAGCUGUCGUCAUCGUCGCGAUGGCAAGCGUAUCGGCCAAGAGUGGCAUCAAGGUGUUUGGUCAAUCGAGGGCUUCGAGCGCCGCUUACAUAAAUGGCAAUGAUGAGCCUGUCGAGCAUCCACGCGAGGAUACGAGUCGUGAACCGGACGUCGAUGUCAUCCAGAAUCGCUUUCAGGAUGAGAGUAUCCGAGCUGAAGCAGAGUUACUCCUGCGUCGAAAGAUCGACGUCCGACUAUGUACGAUCGCUGGCAUAUUGUGCAGUCUGAAUUUGCUGGACAGUGGGAUCAUCUCGUCAGCCUCGGUGACCAGCAUGCUGUCGGACUUGGACCUUGUCGGAAAUCGCUACUCUGUGUCGAUAUUCAUUUUCACCGUGGCCUCGAUCUGCUUCCAGCUCCCUUCAACAAUUUUUCUCCGGCUGGUGGGCCCCAGGAUAUUCUUUGCCACCAUAACAUGUGCCUUUGGCAUCAUCACAAUGUGCACAGCCGCCAUUACUACCUGGAGGCAGAUGAUUGCACUAAGAGUCCUCCUUGGUAUUUCCAUGAGUGGUGUCUUUCCUGGACUGACAUAUCUGAUCUCAACUUACUAUACCCGGAGAGAGCAGCAGCUUCGUUUUGCAAUCCUUCAAUCGGGCGAGAUCAUAAUCCUCGCGACAGGUUCGAUCGUCAACUAUGGCCUCAACCAUCUUGAUCACCGUGAUGGCCUUCGUGGAUGGCAAUACAUGUAUCUUGUCCAAGGCGCAGUCACCGUCUUUCUCGGGAUCAUAACAUAUUUCUGGAUGGUUGAAUUUCCCGAUCAAUGCGAGAACUCAUUUCACUUCCUAUCAGAUGACGAGAAGAUCUUGGCCAUCUCACGUAUCAAUGAGGAUCGGCGUGAUGGUGGAAAGCCUGAACCCCUAACCGUAUCCGCCAUCCUGGUGAAUUUCUUGGACAUCAAACUCUACAUCUUCUGUACAUUGUUCUUCCUUCUGAACAUCGUAUCCACAGCCCUCAGUUACUUCCUGCCAAUAAUAUUGCAAAGUGGAAUGGGCUUCGACACCAACAAGGCAAUAUUACUUGCCUCGCCACCGUACUAUUACGCCGUGAUCCCGGUCCUUUUAUCCUCGUAUAUUGGCGACAAGUACCGAAUUCGGGCUCCAGUAAUAAUCUUCAACGCUGUCUGUCUCAUUGUGGGAUUCUGCAUGCUCGGUUUUCCAAGUCAAGUGACUGUCAGAUACAUCGGCACUUUCCUGGCUACCGGAGCGUACAUCUCAAAUUGGGCGGCACUAAACGCUUAUCAAGCCAACAAUGUGGUUGGACAAUGGAAACGCGCCACAGUCGCAGCGGCCAUCUCAGCUUGUAAUGGGCUAGGCGGAAUUGCCGGGAGUUACAUCGUGCGCCAACCAGAAGCGCCUCGGUACUUUACGGCCAUAUGGGUCAGUAUAGGAAGUCAUAUAGCUAUGAUCGCUGUCGUUGCGGCCUGCACAAUAUGGUUCUGGCAUGCGAACCGCCGAGCUAGACUAGGCGACCGAUUGAUAGAAGGGGUCCCAGGUUUCCGCUAUACCUACUAAACACAAAAUAAAAUGAGGAACUGCGAGUACCUCUCUGGGACACUGCGACUUUGUCAUUAUCAAACAAACGAUUACAGCAACGAGACCGAUGCCUAUACUUCAGCCGGGGACGAGCAUGGUGUUUUCCUUUCAAAGACGUGCCCUUCCACCACUUUCGAUAAUGUUCUUCAGAGAUCGACUAUCAGGCAGGGGAUCCCCUGAAAAGUCAUCAGUCGGAAUCUGCUGUGAAGCAAAAGCCAAGAACACUGCCUCCCAAUGACCAUCAGGAAAUCUGAGCAGAAAGCCUCCAUCUUGUUUGACGCCAUUGUCAAAGCCGGCGCUUCCCUGGUUCAUGUGGACUUCGUGGAUCCCUCCCGGCCCAAACGACGAGCCAUAUAGAUAUA